AUGAACUACCAGGAAGUCGGGAACCACUCCAGGGUGACAGAGUUCAUUCUCUUGGGGCUGUCUGAGCACCCCAUGUCCCAGAGUGUCCUAUUCUGGCUGCUGCUGCUGCUCUACAUCGUGACAGUGGCAGGGAACAGCACAAUCAUCGUCCUGGUGGGAGUCAGCCCCCAGCUCCACACCCCGAUGUAUUUCUUCCUCAGCAACCUGUCUCUGCUAGACCUGCUCUUCUCCACCAGCGCUGUGCCCCUGAUCAUGGCCAACUGCCUGCGGAACUUCCCCUCCAUCUCCUACAGUGCCUGCUUUGCGCAGCUCGCCAUCCGCGCCUUCCUGGCACUGGCCCAGUGCUUUCUGCUUGCCGUCAUGGCCUAUGACCGCUUCGUGGCCAUCUCAGACCCCCUGAGGUACAGCCUGAUCAUGUCCCCUCGGGUGUGUCUUUCGCUGGCCUUGCUGGCAUGGGGGACAGCCUUCCUGCUCACGCUCCUCCCCGUCCUGCUCUUCCCCAUCAGCUUCUGCGGGCACAGUGCUAUCAACCACUUCUCCUGUGAAGCCCAGGCCAUCUUUAAGCUUCUCUGCUCCAACACUCUGCUUGUUGAGGCCAUGAUGCUUGUGUGUGCCGUGGUCUCCAUGCCGCUGCCUCUGCUCUUCAUCCUCAUCUCUUAUCUUUGCAUCCUCAGGGCUGUGCUGAGAAUCAGGCAGACUGAAGCCAGGCUGAAAGCUUUUUCCACUUGUGGCUCUCACCUGCUGGUGGUCACAAUCUAUUUUGGGACACUCAUAUACAUUUACAUCAGACCCCAGACCAAAAGGUCCCAAGAUGGGGACAAAAUCGUCUCUAUAUUUUAUGCAGCAGUGACCCCGAUGCUGAAUCCUCUCAUCUACACCCUGAGAAAUAAGGAUGUGAAGGUGGCUCUCAGGAGGGUCAGCUGUGGACCCACAUUCUGA